AUGAGCUGGGCUAGAGACGAAUGGAAACUUGAUUUACCCAACACAGCGCUAAGAAAGAUUUCCGAGCUUGAAAACGAUGUGGAAAAUUUGCGAAAGAGCAAACAACAACAGCAGUUGCAACUGGAAACCGUGUCAAACUCUCUGCAGAAACAAAAGCAACUAAACGCAGAGGAAAAAGCUGGAAAUUCCAGUCUGAGACGUGAGAUACAAGAACUUACACGAAAAUGCUCCGACCUCGAAAACCAGGAAGAAAAAUCGCAAAUAGAUCUUAAAGCGAAAGACAACAAGAUCGGACUGCUUGAGGAACAGUUGCACAAAGCAAGAGAGAAGCUUAAGGACGAGGAAGAUAAAAAUUCCGAGAUGCUGAACCAAGUUGAUCAGCAAAAGUUAACCGCAGAAGUGAUGGAAAAUGAAAUGGGACAGUUGGCUGUAGAGGUGGAACGGAUAAACGAAACUAAAGCGCAGAUGGUGAAAGACCUUGAGGUUGCAAAAGAAAAAGUCGAGAUUCUGCUCAAAGAAAACGAAGCUCUUAAAAAUCAGCUCAAGCAACGAGAUGAACUGCUUACGGAACACGCCAAUAGCUCGAUUGUUGAUGAUGAGUCUGCGCCAAUGACGGAAACUGCUGACUCACGGACGCCGGACAACGUGAGCAACGCGUUCUUAGAGAUCUUGAAAAGAGAGAAUAACUCUUUGAUAAGUGAGAAUGAAGAGCUCAAAGUCCAAGUUGAGCAUUUGAAGAUUCUACAGCGUGAAAAGGAGAAAGAGCUGGAGAGGGUGACGCAAAAGCUAAUUGCUUUACAAGCCGAGUGCGAGAAGAAAGUGCAAUUGUUGAAAGCUCGAGAGAAAGAGGUUUCUAAAUUGCAAGACAAGCUUGCAAGAACUGAAGCAGACUUACGGAACACUCAAAGCAGAGUGGAAACUCUAGAGGAGAAAGCCAAACUGCUCCAUGAGGGAAUUCAGAGCGAAAAACGCCAAAGUGAAAACAGCAAAGAAGAGAUUACCACAAUAAGAACCGCGCUUCUGGAAUCCGAGCGUAAGAUCAAAACUUUGGAGACGGAUUUGUCUCAACGAUCAGACAAAAUGAAAGCUAAGCGGGAGAGAAUAGAGACUUUGGAAGAGGAGAACGUGCAAAUGACACAAGAGCUUGAUUCCUUGAAGCGUCAGAACAACGCCACGACAGAAUCUUACCUCGCCACAACUAAGGUAUUGAGAGAGAAAGAUCACAGAAUUGAAGAACUCGAAGAGGACAAAAAAGACAAAAAGAAGCAACUCAGAGUGUUUGGCGAAAAGGUUGAAGUUCUUACCUCGCAGAACAACCGCUUGAUGGAGGACCUUCGACAGGCAGAAGAGAAGUUUGCGAAUGCUGAUAGGUCGUACCGACAGGUUUCAAAGGCGUUGGACGAUUGGAGGAAAAUGAUAGAAGAACCUGGAAAUGGAGCAGAUCUCUGGGAUGGAGAAAAAUGCGAGGGACUGGGGAAGAGCAACAGAGUUGACCGGGAGGAGAUUAGUGAAGAGCAGAAAGAAGAAGAUGAGAAAAGCAGAAUUUGCUCUUACUGCGACCAAAUAACGGCGAAACUGAAAGAACAAGAAGAUUACUCCAGUCUUAAGAUCAGGGAACUUGAAGCCUGCAUACGGAAACUUACGACCGAGAAGGAAGCGCUGGAGCGGAAAGUGGAAAAAGAACGGAGGAACAGUGAGGAGUUUACAAUGCGAGUGCAGCAGAUGGUACAGAAGAUGGAAAAUGAGAAUAAAACGGAGAGGGAUGACAACAGGAAGGAACAGAGGCAAGAAACAGAGGACCUCUUCAUCAUGGUGAAGAGAUUUUUCACCGAGAAUGAGGGCUUGAAGAAGCAUGCGCUGAAAUGCCUGUCCGACCUCGAACAGUUGCAAGAGUAUCUAAGAAGUUGUGCAAGCGGAGUCAGAGAGGUUAUUGGUCAUGCGGAUGAGCUUGAGCCGGUGGCGAAGCGAAUAUCGCUGCUUAAAUCACUCUUACAGACAGUUGUGGACGAAUUUGAGCGUCCACUGAAGGGAGAGGAAAGUGACACAGACGGGAACGAAGAUUCCCCGAUGGAAGCGAACAUUCGUGCUGAGUUAUCGUGGGAUAAUUAUGACAGAGGGGUCGCCUUCAAAGUAUUUACAGACAACGUGGAAGAUCUCAUUCAGCAGAUUGAUAAAGGAAAGAAAAUAAGAGAGAGAAAAGUCGAAGAGUUCCAAGAGGUUAAACGCGCUCAUACGGCUCUCAAAAGGGUUAGAAAAAGGUCCCGACAAGCCAUUGAAAGAGCUGUCGCGCGGAGUGAAAUUGAGGACCUGUGCGUGGAAGGGCCGCCGGAGGACAUCGAAAGAGGCUCCCAACGGACAAAUACCCGGAUGGAACGCUGGAAUAAUUGGGAGUUACUUAAGGUCAUUAAAGACCUGCUUGAACAGAACCGAGAGGUACUGGAGAUGAAAAUGGAUGAAAAUUUUGAUAGAUUACAAAACAUCGUUAAACAGCAACGUGUGCAGGAUGAUGUGUUGUCGGACGAGAGAAGGCAGGAAAUCGGCGGCGAGAGUGUAAGGGAGACCGUGGAUGGAAAAUAUGCCAUAGGAGAACUGGAAUUGGUUAAAAGAAAAUUAUCUGAUGUGCAGAAAAUUAUAAAGCACCUCACUGGGUCACUGGCAGAGGUUGAACACGAAAAGAAGACUGUCGAGUCCCAGGUGGAUCUGUUGAACGGAGAGCUUCAUCAGAAAGAGUCGCAGUACGAGGCCAAAUGUGAGGAUUUGAAACGAGUCACGAAAACCGCUUCCGACCAGGAAGUUUCUUUCCGAAACCGGCUCAAACAAAUUGCGUCGGAAAAAGACGAGAUCAACUCGGAGCUACGAAGAAUUGUCGGGGUACUCAAGGAGAGAGAACUGGAACUGGUGGAGCGAUCACAGCAGUUGAAACACUUGCAGGCCACGUAUAGCGAUAAGGAGCGAUCAAUGAAAAGCAAGAUCGACGCGCUUGAGCAAGAAAACAACGGUGUAUGGUUGGACUACAAGGAAGCUGAUAAACGAGCGGAGAUCAAAGAAAAAGAGUUUAAGGAACUUGCAGACCGGCUGAAGAAAAGUCAAAGAUACAUGCAUUCCGUGUUUAGCAGCUUAACCAAUAUGGACGAUGAAUUGCAAAGAGCCAGAGAUGUCGAAGUGUUUAGCGAGCAAGAUUAA